ACUUUGUCCAAUAGGAAUCCCGACAUCGUGGCGGCUCGCAACGCGAAUUCACGCGUGGCCGCAACGCGCCGCGAUGUGGAAAGACCGGUCGGGCGUGAAAAAGUCGCCGGGUCAUCAACAAGGAGCGACGUUUAUUACGACGGAAGUACUCGGCCAACCGCGUUAGACUACCGAACGCGGAAACGCCGGCAGGUUCUCCUCGAUUCAAAUCGACGUCUUCCUCGACGGGCGAAAGGCCAUCGGAAUCACCAGGUGUAUCCUGGAUCGCAGCGCGACAACAUCGACCGAGUAUGCGAGUUUCAUGGCGAGAGACCUCACGUUGGCGAGUCCAAGAAGACGCGGAGCGCUUCGAGGCUGAAGGUAAUCGUGCGCAAGAUGUAUCUGGAGGACUGCGGCUGCCCGACGCUCUCCAGACCCGUCGUCACUCGUCGUUUACCUGUGCCUUGCAAGCCGAACGAUCUGAUCGGCCGAAUUUUCGAGGCCGAGCCGUCUCUGGCCGAGUCCUGUUUGAUAUUGAUGAGACGGAAAUUCCAAGCCAACGUGAGCAGCGUCUGUUCGUGCCUCAACGACGUCUUGGGCAGACUGAACGUCGAGACGUCGCGUCUCAUCACGUUGUAUCUCAGCUGCGAGAUACGCCCGGGUUACAUCAGCUUCAAGCUAAAAACCGACGGCGCAGGCAGCGCCCAUAAGUACCUCUUCGUGGCGAGAAUACCGAUUUGUCAGAACGUCCACAAGCGGACGGCGAUCUCACGCGAUUCCGCUGCUACAAAAGCGACGGACGAGGUCGAGGGAUUAAAACGCUCGGGACGAUGUGAAGAUAAUGCGAGUUUCAAUGAUCUCUACGAAACUCUACGAAACAUCGAUGAGAAAUGUAGCGAGCGUAAAGUAGUGCAUGACAAUGCUCCAGAGCGUGAUUGUGAACUUGCGACCAGCUCUCCUGAGGAGUCCUCCGAGAAGAUCGUCGAAACGGCUCACGUGACGUCAUAUAGCGGCGACCCGGAGGAGCGAAACGAGGAGCACGGUGAAGCUUUGGACUCGAGCGUAAUCGACCGCGGUGAGAGCCGGCUGAACGGACGCAUAAAGGAGAAGCGGAUUCCCGAAGCGGACGAUUCCGUUGCGAAGAAUGACGAGUCCGCGCAAUUAGCGAGCUGCGCUGACUGCGCCUGUCUGCCGUCUGAAGAUUCCGCGGAGCGGAAACUGCGAAGCGACGAAGUCGAAGGUAUCUUCAGCAAAGACCCGGACCGGAGUUCAUCGCGGAGCGCGGAGCUCGACAAACGUGGUGACUGGACGUGUUCGUCGAAAGAAUCAGACUCGAGGAGCGCGGACUGCAGCCGCAUUACCUCAAGCAGCGUCGGCACGUUUGCGCAAAAUUCCGAGCAUGACAAGCAGUUGGUGGAACUAAGCUGCAACCGGUUCUCAGACGACGCCAUCCAGGUCCAGGUCGACGAGCGAUCGCGCGAGGCGGACGCCGAUUCGCUGAAUUCAGCGACCGUGGCUGCGAUCGGCUGCGACUCGAAUUGCCGCUGCGGCUACGACGACUUCAUAGACAUCACAGUCGUCGACGACACGGCCGAGGAAGAUGAUACCCGCCUCGCUCUCGAGACCCUCCGAGACAAUCCGAACGCGGCGCAGCCUCGAAGCGCAAUCCGCCGCGGACCGACGAAAGUCUUGUCCAGGAACAACGACUCGUUAACGACUUCCGUGCGGACGUCCAGACUGAAGGUGUCGUCGAAGGGCAUCAACGUGGACGUGAGUUACCCCCGCAGCCGGCUAGCAUCUGCCGGCGACGAGAGUACAUCGAGCGCGGUAACGAACGGCAAGGAUCUUCCCGCUCCGCCGGAAGGCGACGCUGCUUCUGCCAACAUGGAUGAGUCGGUCUGCCGCACGCCUGGUGGAACUCAGCGCGGCUUCAGCAGACCGCUGAAAAGACGCGCGGUCUCGAAGGCGAGGCUUCGAUCGAACGCACACCCGAGGCAUCCCCGCGCCGAGACGCGGGCAGAUCCUCGCGCGGGCGACUGCUUCGCGAGCUUGGCUUCCGACACGUCGCACAGCUUCCGUUCGCCCGCGACGAGCGAGGCGUGGCGGGACGCAUCCGGGAGAUCUCGCGAGUCGAGGAAGCUCCGUCUGCGCUACGUACGCGCGAGCUCGUCGAACGGUGUUCGCAACGUCACCUCCGUCACGACCAUCAGGUACCGGGCGACGCCUCGCGAAGCCCGCGACGGGCGACCGGCAUUCGCGACGGAUCGCCUCCGCGAAUCCGUCGGCAGGUCCGUCCGCUGGAUGAAGAGUCUGAUUCGCGGCAAGCUGGCCGAGGGGGAGCUCCUCGAGCGCCAGCGAGUCAGGACGACUAGGACGUUUCGCGGCUGCGAACAGGGCGAGACAGGUGGAGAUAUCGCGGGACGCACGACGGCUGAGAGAUACGUCGGGCAGGGUUACUGCGUGACUCCGUGCUCGAAUUCCCAUUGUCGCGGACGAGGCUACACUACAACACGCGUCGAGUCCUCGGACGUGACGCUGCCGCGGCGCAGGAAUCGCGGGAAAGAAAGGAGCGAGGGAGGAAUGAAGCUGCGCGACCGCAGAUUGGCCGGCGGCAGCGAGGUCUUGUCGAGCUUCAGCUCGAUCGACACCACUUACACGCGGUCUUACGAUUUGUUGACUCUGGCAGCCGAGGAUUGGCAAGCGCGGCGACUAGACGACGGCAGCGAUCGACGGCAUCUUGGGCGAGGAGCCGCCGAGGACGAGCGAGGACUCGUCAGUCGUAGCAAACACUGUCAUGGCCGCGACUGCGGGAAUCACGAGAAAAGUAGAGCCAUUUCCUCGCGUUCAGCCGUGAUGUCCCUCGCCGACGAUGUUUCCGCGAGACAUCUUGAGCCUGGCGCGAGCAAACGACGGAGGGCAACACUUGGCGGCGAGCGUGAGAGGGAUCGACGAGCGAGUGAAAAAAGACAGCAUCCGGCCGGACGAUGCGGCGAUCGGAGGAAGAAGCCGAUCGGAUACGCUGCGGGUGAAUUUUCAGAGCUGUCGUGGUCGUCGUUCAUCCGAAUGAACGAAGCCAGAGAUGCCCGAGCGAGAGGACGCUCUCAUGGCGCGUCGAAAUCGAGAAAUGCAAGCGGACUAUCUCCUUUAGGAAAAAAUCGGGAGACUCUCGACGGGGAUACGGAGAUGGAUCGUCUACGCAGGAGGCGCGCGUUCGCACUUUCGACCGACACGUGCCACGAUUUGGAGUCCACGCUGUCGCGAUACGUGCAGCUCUGCAGAAACGUCAAGCGUUCAUUGAUGAAGAUGCUGUGGCUGGAUGAUAUUCACGAAGUUAGCACGACGGCGACGCGCGGUAGCGACUCGUGAGAGAUUCUGAUUCAGCGCGACGUCAUUCACGUCGCGUUUGACUCCAAGACCGUGGGGUUGUAAAAUAAUAUUGUUCGCACACGUCGCGUGCGAAUAAUAUUCGCGACGUUCACGUUGCCACGCUGUGUAAUCCAACGUUCGUUGGGAUCGAUUUUUAUGGUUGCAUUUUUAAGGCAACGGGGAUAUUUCUCGAAAACUACCAACAUAUACGCGAAAAUAUCUUCCACGAUGUGAAGAGAAUUUAAUUAUUCUAACGUCCCAAUAAUUGUCUCAUCGCCUUUCAUUCAUGUAGCAUCGAAUCUAAGUGGAGAUUAUUAAUUGAAAUGCGUAUCGGCUAAUCUGCCGCAGAUUACGCAACAGGAUCGUUUUUACACCUCACGCACACCCGGAGACGUGAAAAGACGAAGCGUAUUGUGUAUAAGACUUUAAAUAAAAAAACAAAAACGUUACGUCAAAUAAUU